AUGCCGUCUCCCGACCUUCAGUCCGGACACCUCCCUGUUGACGCCUCAGCGGAUGACACGCACAAUGGCUUCGGGAUGCUGAACAUGAGCGGGGACCAUGGCUCCGCCUCCGUGACCCCCACGGGACAAGGUGCGGGCGGUACUGACAUGAUCGCGGAGGGGAAACAGAAUGCGAAGGCCGUUCUCGCAGCUUCAGGCAUGUCCCUCGCCUCCGAAUCGAGCCAUGACACGUCGAACGGCAACCCGUCGCCAAGCUCACACUCUAACGGAUCAGGCGCGAGAAAGAAACGAUCUCGAGACGGUUCGGUGAUUCAGCCUUCGGAAGACCUCCCCGUGCGCGUACGCGAGACCCCCGCGGAUAAAAUUCUUCUCGAGGACUAUGUCAACCGGGAGUUCCAGCAUUCUGCCUUGGUGGCGUGGCAGAACCCCGGCCAGGAGCUCCUGCAGCAGAAACGCGCCGAGCGCGAUUAUUUCCUGACGGUCCGGCGGGAAAACCACAUGAACCCGGCGGCUCUCUAUGGCGUUGGCUACGAGGGCUUUGGGAAUUCGCGCACCGACCUGCGAAAUCAACACCCCCAGCUGCUGUACCCAGCAAACCGACGCCGUCCGGGUAACCGGAGGACUCGGGAGCUGCGUUUUUCGCGCAAGGAUCUCAAGGCGCAGAAUGAGCAAGUCGAAGACCUGGUGCCGAUCCGGCUGGACAUUGACUGGGAGAAGAUCAAGAUCCGAGAUACCUUCACGUGGAAUCUCCAUGAUCGGGUGGUUACCCCUGAUUUGUUCGCCGAGAAGCUCGUGGAGGACCUGGGCAUUCCUCUCGACUCGUGCGGACCUCUGAUACGAAUGAUCACAUCAAGCAUUCAGGAACAGCUAUGCGACUACUACCCUCAGAUCUUCAUGGAGGAAGAGCCGCUCGACCCCCAUCUCCCGUACAAUGCCUACAAGAACGACGAGAUGCGCAUCCUCGUAAAACUCAACAUCACUAUUGGCCAACAUACCCUGAUUGACCAGUUCGAAUGGGACAUCAACGAUCCCCACAACUCUCCCGAGGAGUUCGCUGCCCGCAUGACCGACGACCUUUCACUCUCUGGCGAGUUCACGACGGCAGUCGCGCACUCGAUCCGCGAGCAAUCGCAGCUGUUCACCAAAUCCCUCUAUAUCCUCUCCCACCCCUUCGACGGACGCCCGAUCGACGAUCCCGACCUGAAAACCGCCUUCCUCCCCAGCCCCCUAUCCUCUUCCUUCCGGCCAUUCCAGGCGGCGAAGGAGUACACACCCUAUCUGUAUGAAUUGAACGAAGCAGAACUCGAGAGGACCGAGGUGUCGAUAUCUAGAGACCAACGUCGACAGAAACGGUCUGUCAACCGCCGCGGUGGGCCCGCCCUGCCCGAUCUGAAAGACCGCCAACGGACUAUCCGGACCAUGAUCGUAUCGACAGUCAUCCCCAACUGCGCCGCAUCCAUGGAGGAGAGCAAUGUUUACAAGCGGUCUGGCUCCAGCCGCGCCAGACGCGCUGCUGUCGGACUCCGCGAUGCGGGCGACGACUCGGAGGAUUCGGAUAGCGACGAGUCUUCAAUAACGGCAUCCCCGGCCAUCGGACCCCAUCUUGCCCAGGGCACCGCGCGCACGAGAGGCAUGAGGGGCGCAGCCACCGCAGCACACGCGGCACUGCGGGCGAGUCUAGGACAAUCCGCGACGCCUGAACCACAUAACGAAGCUCGAGCGGCGAGUCGGAGACGGGAGCUGCGCGAAGAGAGCGUGGUCGAAGAGCCGGAGAAGCUGGUCGUGAAGCUGCGGAUCCCGAAAGAGAAGUUCCGCCAGCUCCUCACGCACGGGAUUCAGUCAAUACAAGGACUCGCCGUGUCUACACCGGCUGCGCAGGCCCUCUCCCAGCAGAGCACACCACAUGCGCACACUCCAACCCCCCACGUGAUGGUUCCGCCCCCCCAUCAGGCCGACCCCCACGCCCCAGGCCUUCCUCCCUUGCAACGACCCGGCCCCGUCCAGCAGAUCGGAGCCUUAGAUGCUCCCCAUCCCCCUCAGCCAGGAGUCCCCGGGCCCCCGCCGCCACCCUGGCUCGCAGCGGGACUCGUCCAGUUGAAUCGCGUGUACCCCAACGACUCCUUCGAAGGCGUCAUGCGCUACACCGCGGUGGACACGGAAACCAUGCUCCCCGUAGCAAACGUCAACAGCCAGCCCGGCCACAAGCUGAAAUACCAAUACCUCCCGCGCAUUCGCUGCCACGACUGCCCGGGCAAACUGUACACUCCCGGCCCUGGCACGACGGUCGAAAACUUCGAGGUCCAUCUUCGCAACCGCCAGCAUAAGGAGCGCGUCGAAGACAGAAUCGCGAAGAUGGCGGCUGCGACCGGUGGUGCUCCCCCGGCUGGUGGCAAUGGCGCUGCUUCAUAG